ACCACCACUUUUUCCUCUUAACUCUUUUAAUCAUCUAAAUCAGUCUCCCUCUCUCUCUCUCUCUCUUUACAUACAUCUUCAUAUGUAAAGGUGUGUGUCUGCCUCACUCCAUAUGCUCAACUGAGCAUCUCUAUGUUUCAAAUGCUCAGUGGAAGAACCAGUAAAAAAUCAUUUUUCCGUAUUUUUUCAGGAUACAGUAAAGAUGGAAGCAGCUGCUCUUUUCAAAGUUCUUGAAGCAGUAAGCUUUUGAGAUCUUGGGAGUGGACUUGACUACCUCUGUUAGCUUCACAAUGCCAGUUCCUCUUGCUCCAUAUCCUACACCACCAACGCCAUUUACACCGCCUGCUAACGGUACACAGAGCCAGCUCGUGUGCUCUGGAUGUAGAAAUCUUUUACUCUAUCCAGUUGGAGCAACAUCUGUCUGCUGUGCAGUUUGCAAUGCAGUCACAGCAGUACCACCUCCUGGCACUGAGAUGGCUCAGUUGGUUUGCGGAGGCUGCCACACAUUACUAAUGUACAUUCGUGGAGCAACAAGCGUGCAGUGUUCUUGUUGUCACACAGUCAAUUUAGCUAUGGAAGCAAAUCAGGUGGCACAUGUGAAUUGUGGCAACUGCCGCAUGCUGUUGAUGUACCAAUAUGGGGCACGAUCAGUGAAAUGUGCAGUGUGCAAUUUUGUGACAUCGGUAGGGGUUUCAACGAGCACAAUUGAGCAAAAGCUUAACAGCUAAUUUUAAAGCAGCUGAGCCAGUACUACAAACUUCGAAGACUGAAGUUGUGUUAUGUCUCAGCAGAAUUGCAACUACCAUCCACCGGAGGAAAUUUCUACUUACUACAAAUAUAGAGCUACUGUAGAGCUAUUUUUCCCUCGCGUAUCUGUAAUAUGAAUAAGCAGUUUUGCAGGUUGGGCCUACAAAAGGUUUGUAUAUAAUGGUAUUGCGUUUGUAAGUCUAGUUGAAAAAUCCUGGAAAGUAAAGCCUCCUUUUCACCUACCAUCAUAUCAUUUUGAUCU